UGGCGGAUGGUGCAGCACGCUAUGCGCCAGCUGCUCCUACAUUUGCGCCUUCUAGACUGAAAACUGAAGUCUAUGAGACAGUGGAUGGUAAAAUAAUAGUUGAAGAUGAAUUUCUAAACUUCCUUGCUGUGAAAUCUAGAACUUUAACCCAGGAUGAACUUGUUUUACUGGCUGCAAACACGUUUGACACAGAGUGGAUAGAGGCCUCUAAGAAAAUAUUGUUUGAGCUGUGCCCUACUACUCAACGUAAUAUAUCUCACAAGGGAGCGCAAAAGGACAUUAACAACAUAAAGAGCUGCUUAAGAGUCCUCAAUGAAUGCGGAGAAAAUGUACCGCGAUUUGUAUCCCACUAUUUGGAUGAUCUGCCUCCUGUGACAUUCUCAAGCAUGGAUGUGUGCGGCCUGCUCAAGAAGAUGGAGCAGUUACAAGCCGACAUCGGUGCCAUGAGGAGCGCGCUAAAGGUACAAGUGGAUAUGUGCGCAGAUCUCCAUGCGAUUACAACUGACGUGAACCGCCGGGUGUGUAGCCUGGAGUGUGCUGCGGUUGUGACACGAGAGGAGGGCCUGGACGCACGCGGAUCAGCGGCGCUAGAGGCCCCCUGUAGUGACGCAGGCGGCGGCUCGGAGGUGGGCGCCGAGACCGAGCAGGUGACCGGGGCUGCCGGUGGCGCUGCUGCUUCUUCUGGAGAACGAGAAGAAGACGAAGUCCUAGCUGAGAGCGGCGAGGGAACUGCUGAAUGGAGUGCUGUUGUAAAAAGGAGAAGGCGACUGCCAGGAGCAGUUAAAACGUCUGUGCGCCCUGGUACACCUGGGGCGAGGAACCCGCGCAAGCGGUUUGCAAUCGUGGGCACGGGAGCAGCGAGCCACAUAAAAACGGUGACAACUAAACUGAGCAAAGUCACAAACGUGUGGCUGGUGAACGUUGCCAUAGCAGACCUGAUCUUCUGCUUCACCAGGAUCUUCUCCAUCGUCUACAAGCUCUACUCCAACCACUGGCCUUUCGGCUCCUUCCUCUGCAAAAUCAACGGCUUCUUCAAAUACACUAAUAUGUUCUGCUCUGUGUUCCUCCUGGCUGUGAUCAGUCUGGACCGAGCUCUCUGUAUUUGGAGACCGCGCUUCAUCAAAACUAAACGCACUCUGUUUGUGGCCCGGGCGGUCUGUGUGUGUGUGUGGGCGCUUGCUAUCAUUCUCAGUAUCCCUUAUUUUAUGCAUCGGCGAGUUUACCUGGACAAGAUGAACAAAACGAAAUGCAACAUCAACGAAGGGAAGGGGACAGACGCCAAACUCUACUUGUACUGGCUCCGUUUUGUGUGUGGCUUCCUGUUUCCGUUUUUGGUCAUUCUUGUGUGUUAUAUUGCGGCCGGUUUAGGAAUCAAACGUACAAAUUUAUCCAGGAAGUCGCGGACCUUGAGGAUUUUGGUGAUUCUGGUCAUUGCUUUUUUCCUGUGCUGGGCUCCUUACCACUGCCUCCAGCUUUUCAAAUUGGCUGACAGAUAUACAAAAGUUCUGAAGCCUUGGCAGCGCAUCACCAGUGCCAUAGGGUACUUUAACAGCUGCGUGAACCCAAUCCUGUAUUACUGUUUGGGGGCGGAGCUAGGGGGAUGCUUCAGGCUCCCCUCAUGCACAGUGUACAACAGACCAGGCCAACGUCAUAGAGGAAGUGAUGAAUGAAUGAAUGUAAUGAAUCUUUUUACAGUAAGGGUAAAAAUUCAGCUGAGGAGACUGAGCUUUUUUCAGCUUUUUUUUGUUUUUGUUUUUUUUAAGCUGUGUAUUCAUUAGGGGGCCACCAAAUGCCUAGAACCGGCCCUGAUAACAAUAAUAGGCACAUGGACACAACUCAAGUCAAAUAAGUGAAAAAAGACACCGUAAAAGAUUCCACAGACCUGACACAGAUCCUGAGCAACAGUCAGACAUUAGAGCCGUUUAAAUGUGUUGUCCGGAAGCCUAAACGCCUUUGAGUGUCACAAACUCCUCCAGCAGAGGGCGCUCAGUACGGCACACACUGGACCGGGCUUUGUUUGUUUAACUAUACAGCACACAUACAGAUGUUUGUGAGGCUGAGCUGCCCUAGCACAAUUUCAUUUAUUUUAUUUUUCUUUCUUUGUACAGGGAUAGCCCAAUGAGAGCAUCAGAUUCGAAUACAGAACAAAACAAACAAACACAAAAAAAUACCGCCACAGGUCUGUUUAAAACAUUAAAAACAGGAGCAGGUGUGAUUAUAAAGGUUUGUCUCCAGAUCAUUAAAGUGUUUUAUUGGCACCAAUCUAUCCAGUUUUGCAUGUCCCUGAAAUGUAUUCCAUUUUUGGGAAGUAAAAUAACCAAAAGCUUUUUUUCCUGUUUCAGUUCUAGUGUGGCCAGUUUUUAGAUGUAGACGUAGAAUCAAGUUCUUGCAUCAAAAUUCAACAAACAAGUAAGAUAUUCAGGCCAACUCAAAAUAAACGAUGUGAUGUCAAUUUACCACAAACUCACCCUUCCCCUUUUUAUCACAAACAUAAAAGACAGUUUUGUGCCGUUAUCUCGUUGCUCUAAAGUGCAAUAAGAAUACACAUAAAGCUUUAUGUGUAUUCUUCAGAGCACCUCACAUAAUGGCCCAUGUGCUCAAAUGGAAGCUCAAUACUCAACACUGUACCCAUCUGUUUCAGAAUGAUGACAAAUUAAGACUGUUGCCAUAGUGAUUACCAAUAUGAAACAUAAUAUUAUAUCUUUUGAAAAUGCUCAAAAACUAAACUGAAACCCAUAUCGCAUGAAACCCAUAUCAUAUACGAACUUAUCUCUUCCGCAAUGUUGGCUUGAAAUUAUCUGCAGAUUCAUCACUUCCUUUUUAGACAUUUGAGAGGUGUUUUUUUCAAAGAAGCCAAAAAUACAAGUACUAAAAUGAUUAUUAUUAAUCAAAUGAAGUCAAAUGGAUUAAGGUUAUUCAGAGGCUCCUCCUGUGUUUUGGUUGAAUCCUUCUCUCAGAGCUGCAGUGUUUUCAUACUCCAGCAUUUCAGGAGGAGUCUUCACCUUUGGCUGUGGGGCCUAAAAAACAGCACAGCUCAGGAGCACAUAACGAUGUGUUUAUGUCAUUUAAAUACAAACGCUUGGACACCUUUUCAUUCAGUGUUGUUUCUAUAUGGUUACUACUUUUUAUGUACUUUUUACAUAAAUUGUACAUACUUUGUAGAUUCUGGAGAAUAAUGUUUUAUGGAACUGUGUGUUUUUAUGUAUGUAAAAAAAAAAGUUGUAGCUAUUAAUAACUCUUUUUAAUCACAGAAGAAAACUCCAUUCUGUAACUAGACAAAAGUUUUAGAGUGAAGACAUUUGGCUGCUCAUCCAAGCUUCAGUUCUGGUCAGAUUGCUGCUGGACACUGCCUUAUAUCUGUCUGAAGGGAGGAGCUAACUACACUGAAACUAACACACCUAUUUGUUUACAGAUUUUGUUGGCUAGGUCUGUUGGACUGUAUGAAGUAUGAACUGUAACUGGGUCAUAUUUUGCAUAAUAUUUCCAGGCCUUCUCAGGGUUCAUUAAAUGCCAAGAGUCUAAAAUAUAAACCAUGUUUUUUGUGUGAAUUUACACUUCUUUGUUUAUUAAAUGACAUAUGUGUCCAUUCAUAGUUUGAUGCUUUGUUGCUUACAAUGU